UGUUUCUUGCCGCUGGUCGGCAGCCAAGGGUUUAAGAGAGGCAGCCCCCGAGGAGGGCGGAGGGUGAGGAGGCGACCUGCCGCUCCCACGUCCUCCCCAUCCGAGGCGGAGAUGCUGGAAGCAGGGGCAGUCCCGGCCUUUUCCGCGCCCCCCGGCGCGGGGACUCUUACUGCAGCGGGGAGCCCGGCAGCCGGGCAGCCCCGCAGACCUCCCCGCACCGCGGGAGAGGCACCGGCCCGCCCGGCCAGCCAGAUCGGCUCCAGCUGCCUGCCUGUCCCGCUCCUCGCCUUCUCUCCUCCUCGCCGUCGGCCCCCUCCCUCCGCCCCGGGAUGCCUCCCAACCUCACCGGCUAUUACCGCUUCGUCUCCCAGGAGAACAUGGACAAUUACCUGCGCGCUUUAGAUAUCAAUGUGGUCCUGCGAAAAGUGGUUUGCCUCCUGAAACCUGACAAAGAGAUCAUCCACACGGGAGAUCACAUGGUCAUCCGCACGAUCACCUCCCUGCGGGACUACGUUAUGGAUUUUGACCUGGGAGUCCAGUUUGAGGAAGACCUGGGACCCGUGGAUGGACGCAAGUGCCAGACAACUGUCUCCUGGGAGGGGGAUCAGCUGGUGUGUGAGCAGCUGGGAGAGAAGAGGAACCGAGGCUGGAGGCACUGGCUGGAGGGGGACCAGCUGCAUCUGCGCAUGACGGCUGAAGACGAGGUCUGUGUCCAGGUUUUCCAGAAAGUGAAGUGAGCGCUCCACGGGGGGAAGCUGGGGGAGGGGGGGAGGAUGCCCGGCCGGGACCCUCGCUCCUGAGUGCAAACCGCCCCCCGGAUUAAAAAAAAAAAAAA